AUGACGGAGUCUGCCACGUCAGCGUCGGCGCCAGAGGCGGCCACCUACCCUUCAGCAUACGCCCCUCAUGCCGCUCUCCCAUCAGCGUAUAGUAACAGGGGCGGCGCGUUGCACGGCAGGGCGGCUAGUUUUGACUUUAUCCCUGUUCCCAGUAGCGGGCGGCACACGUCAGCAUCGAAGAAAUCCAACGUGGCAUUCGUGAGCCACCAGAAGCAGCCGUCGGAGCAAUUUGAUUCAAUAGCCGCCGCUCGAUUAUGGCUCCAUUCUCCUUCGCUUGCCUCUAAUGAAAACAAUUCGGCAUCUCCCGCUGCCGCCGCAUCUCCCGCUGUAGAAUCGUCCCGCGGCGCACUCCCGAGUCGCCCCGAUUCGCUGCAGAAAACGGCGUCGCGCGCAUUGUCCCCAGAAACGCCGCCAAUGCCGCAGCGGGCCGUCGCGGCGACAAACGCCGUUACGCCGACGAUGCCGCGGCAAAGAAGCACGAAAACCACCGCCGACAAAUCCGCUCCUGCCGCCGUUUCUCAAGCCGGCGGCGUCUGCCGGCCGCGGCCCUCGCCGAGUCGGCGGACAGCACUCGGGAUCGCCGACCUAAUGGCCCUCCAGGCCGGCAAGUCUAAAGUUGGCGGCGACGUCCGCGCCUCGGGCGCCGCGGCGCGAACAAGAUCGACCUCCCCAGCGGCGACGGUGGAGGCGGCAGCUGUGCAGCCGGCAUCCGCGCCGCGUACAACGGCCGCGCCGCCUGCGAUGAUCGCGCCGCCCGUGCGCUUGCCGCCGCAGAGUGAGGCGCCGUUCUGUUUCCCCUCGAUCAGCCAAGUCAACGGCGCCAAUUCUUCGUUUUCCGUGUCUCCUCCCUCCGCGUUUUUCGCUACGGGCGCGCAAUUCGCUCUGCGGAAAAGCCCCCCCCAUGCCAAUCCACGCGGAAGCGCAGCAAUGAGGUUCCCCCGGUCCAUGUCAGACGGGCAAACCGUGCCACGUGGCAGCAGCAGAGCAAAACCCGUUUUCCCGGUAAUCGCGCGAGAUGGGACGGACAACGUCGCCAAACCUUCGGAGCCGGAUCGCGGCAGCGCAGAUUCGCCGAGCCUGCACCAAGGCUGCGCGUCCGGUUCGGCAGUGACGGAGAGCCUCGGGGCUGCGAGGUUCGGGAGGAAAUCGCGGCUCGGGCAAGGAUGCGAUGGGAGCGGCAGCAACAGCAGCAGCAGGGACUCUAGCCCUUCUGGCAGCGUCGACGUGGCUAAAUGUGAUAAUAACGAGUGUUCCGGAAACAACGACGAUCGCCGACCGCGCGCUUCGGACACGGAGAUCUGUGAAGCCGCAGAUUGCGAGAAAGAAGCGGCCCAAUCGCGUGGGGGCGCGGGAAUGGCGGGCGCGGGAACGGCGGGCAGUGGCAGCGGUCGCAACACCUCCAAACCACGCGCUGUCAUUACCAUUCCAGCCGUUCAGAACCCAUUUAUCCGUCCGUCGCCGCUUCUCCCCAGAGGCCCCUCCCCCUUGUCCCCGCGCUUGGCUUCCCCCCGUGGUCCCUCCCCUCUUUCCAACCACCAUCCUUCCCCCCUCUCCCCCUGCAUGCCUCCGCCAGUCUCUUCCUGGGGCCCUUCCCCUCUCUCCCCUCGCCCUUCCCCCCUCUCUCCUCGUCGCCCUUCCCCCUCUCCCCUCGCGCUUCUCCCCUCUCCCCAUGUCGCCCUUCCCCGCUCUCCCCUAGAGGCCCUUCCCCGCUUUCCCCCAGAGGAUUCUCCCCCUUGUCCCCACGCGGCCCGUCCCCACUUUCCCCCCGUGUGGUAG